AUGAACUUUUUGCGCCGCCGCCACGCGCCUCGUGACGAGGAUUCGCCCGGCGCCGAGGACCUGGAUCCCCAGAUCCACAAGUCCCGCAAACCGCCCAACACCGCGUUCCGCCAGCAGCGGCUCAAGGCGUGGCAGCCCAUCUUGACGCCCAAAACCGUGAUCCCGCUUCUUUUCCUCGUCGCCGCGGUGUUUGCACCCCUCGGCAUCGCCCUUGUGUACGGCACCUACAACGUGCAGAACUUGGUGGUGGACUACACGCACUGCGGCAGCCUUGCGGGCGCCGAGUACGCGCCGGUGCCCGCCAAGUACACCGCGUGGCACUUCCGGCGCCACAACACGGACCCCGGGCUCCAGUGGCGCGUGCAGAACGCGACGGACGCGGACGGCGACGCCGUGCAGACGUGCGUGCUCCAGUUCGACCUCCCGCGGGCGCUCGACGCCCCCGUCUACUUGUACUACAAGCUCACCAACUUCUACCAGAACCACCGCCUGUACGUGGCGUCGUACGACACGGCGCAGUUGGGCGGGGCCGCGGUGACCGCCGGCGCACUCACGCUGGACUGCGACCCCCUCCGCACGCGCGACGGCAAGCCGGUGUACCCCUGCGGCUUGGUGGCCAACUCGCUCUUCAACGACACCUUCGGCAGCCCCGUGCUCCUCAACGCGCAGUCCGGCUCCGACAACGAGACGUACGAGCUCUCGCUGGCCGGCAUCUCGUGGGCCUCGGACCGCGCGCACAAGUUCAAGAAGACCGCGUACAGCGCGGACGACGUGGUGCCGCCGCCCAACUGGAUGAAGCGCUUCCCCGACGGCUACACGCUGGCCAACAUGCCGGACUUGGCCGAGUGGGAGCACUUGCAGAACUGGAUGCGCACCGCGGGCUUGCCCACCUUCUACAAGCUCUACGCCAAGAACACCACCACGGCCUUCGCCUCCGGCACCUACGAGAUGGAGAUCGGCUUGAACUACCCGGUUUCCGUGUACGGCGGCACCAAGUCCGUGGUGCUCACCACCAACUCCGUCUUGGGCGGCCGUAACAUGACCUUGGGCAUCGUCUACUUGAUCGUCGCGGCCGUGUGCUUGUUGUGCGCCGUGGCCUUCUUCUUGCAGCACCUCAUCAAGCCGCGCCGCAUCGGCGACCACCACUUCUUGCAGGCCGCCGCGGACGCACCGGGAAGCGCCGCCAGGGACCAGCUCUAG